GAGUUGCAUGUUUCUGGCGGGCUUGAAUUGCCCCUAUCCCGUGAUGCUCUCUGAAUACUCCCGUUCUAAGGUUGUGUUGUUGUCAUCGGUGCAGUUCAAAAAAGCGCGCGAGGUGGAAAUACAUAGAUAAUUCACGGAUUAGUAAAAUUUAUUAAAUUGUAGUAACGUUCUCAAUGACACAGAAGUCAAAUACCGACAGAGAUGGUUCCUAAUCCUUGGUGAUAGUAUGGGGUGAAAUGCGCCGCUCUUGAUGUUUGGUUAAAGAAAACACAGCCGCGAUUUUUUUCAGAGGAAAACAAAUUAUACCUGGACAAAAUGAAUAACAAACUGCCAACCCUGGCACGGGCACCUGUUCGGCUUCGGUAUAUAAAUCAUGGGGUCGCUGAAAGACAACCAGCUGUUCCAAAGCUAGGAGAAGAUGUAAUGGAUCUUGUGGAAGAUUUUUUUGAUCACUUAGAUUCUCCACAUGGCAUAAAUAAUGAUCAUACUCUGGGUUCUCUAAUUCCUAAGAACAGCUCGACUCCGAAAAAUAGAGAUUCACCUUUACGAAGAGAAAUGGGAAAUCAGAAACCUGCUUCAGGAAAUGAAAGUAUGAGAAAGACUGUACUACCAAAGGUGCUCUUUGGAGAAGAUGGAAGCUGUUGCAGUCACCAGGAGCAGACACAGCAGCCUAAACCAGUUGUAGAGGUGGUUUGUGCUUCCCCUGCUGAUUCUGUAAUUACUUCAGUCUUGAAAGAUGACAAAAAUGAGAACAGUCUGGAAGGGUCCCCUCUCCUGUUAAAUAAUCAAACAGAAAGUCCAAAGAAAACAUCUGUAUUGCCUGCAGCUGUGCUGAAAAGACUAACUUUCAAUGAUACAGAAGCUCCCCCUUUGGAAAGUGUUUCUUCUCCAAGUAAGAGGCAGAAUAAGGAAACAUCAGAUACACCUACACCAGCUAAAAAGCAGAUGCUGGUAAUAUCUCCAACUUCAAAUGCGGAAGAGAAUAUGGAACCUGAUAAUCCAGAUGCUUCAUUGUUGAAAGUAUCUGAAAAAGUGAAGGAGAAAUCAAUAUUUCUCCAGAUCAUAAGGAAAAACGGCCUCUCUGAAAAAGGAAGAAAAAAGCAUCUGGUGCCAACUCCCCCCAGACUUCCGCAAACUGAUUUGGGGGAUGAUGAUUUCAUUGAAAAGGAUCCUGAAGAUUUUGCAUUUCAUUCUUGGAUUACAAUUCCAAAAAAGAAAAAAGAUCCUCCAGUACAGCCAACACCGCCUGAACAGAAUCGGAGAGACCAAAAGAAAAUAAAUGAAGAGCCAGCAGCCACAAAGGCAAAUAAAAACCAAGUAGAAGCUAAGCAACAAAAUACGGAGGCAGCUGCAAAGAAAAAGGAAGAUAGUGUGAUGAAAAAGGUGCCACUAUCAAAAAUAACCCAGAAAGAGUCUUCAGAAAAACAUAGUGAUUCUGAUGCUGAAGGUAGCCUUAAAGUCAUAAAUAAUCUGCAACAAACUGAGACAAAUGUCAAUAAAAAAAAGAGCAAUCAAGCCCGAGUCCAGUAUAAAAAAACAAAGGUAAUAGAGACCAAAAGGAAGAACACGGUGGAAAUGCCUAAAUCAAUGAAAAGCAAGAGUGUAGACAGUGAAUGUGGAAAUGAAGAGGCCUUAUGCGUACCUCAACUAUCUCCAGAGGAUGUGCAGCCUGUUAGAAAACAAGAUGGAAGCUGUUGCAGUCACCAGGAGCAGACACAGAAUCCUAAACCAGUUGUAGAGGUGGUUUGUGCUUCCCCUGCUGAUUCUGCAAUUACUUCAGUCUUGAAAGAUGACAAAAAUGAGAACAGCAUAAAAGGGUCCCCUCUCCUGGUGAAGAAUCAAACAGAAAGUAAAGAAAAAACAUUUGUAUUGCCUGCAGUUGUGCUGAAAAGGCUAACUUUCAAUGAUACAGAAGCUCCCCCUUUGGAAAGUUUUUCUUCUCAAAGUAAGAGGCAGAAUAAGGAAACAUCAGAUACACCUACAACAGCUAAAAAGCAGAUGCUGGUAAUAAUGUCUCCAAAUUCAAAUGAGGAAGAGAAUAUGGAACCUGAUAAUCCGGAUGCUUCAUUGUUGAAAGUAUCUGAAAAAGUGAAGGAAAAAUCAAGAUUUCUCCAGAUCUUAAGGAAAACUGGCCUGUCUGAAAAAAGAAGAAAAAAGCCUCUGGUGUUAACUCCUCCCAAACUUCCACAAACUGAUUUGGUGGAUGAUGAUUUCAUUGAAAAGGAUCCUGAAGAUUUUGCAUUUCAUUCUUGGAUUACAAUUCCAAAAAAGAAAAAAGAUCCUCCAGUACAGCCAACAUCGCUUGAACAGAAUCGGAGAGACCAAAAGAAAAUAAAUGAAGAGCCAGCAGCCACAAAGGCAAAUAAAUACCAAGUAGAAGCUAAGCAACAAAAUACAGAGGCAGCUGCAAAGAAAAAGGAAGAUAUUGUGUUGAAAAAGGUGCCACUAUCAAACAAAAAACGGAAAGAGUCUUCAGAAAAACAUAAUGAGUCUGAUGCUGAAGAAGGUAGCCUUGAAGUCAUAAAUAAUCUGCAACAAACUGAGACAAAUCCUAAUAAAAAAAGAAACAAUCAAGCCAAAGUACAGUUUCAAAAAACAGAAGUAACAGAGACCAAAAGGAAGAAAACGGUGGAAGUGCCUAAAUCAGUGAAAAGCAAGAGCGUAGACUUUGAAUGUGGAAAUGAAGAGGCCUUAUGUGUACCUCAACUAUCUCCAGAGGAUGUGCAGCCUGUUAGGAAAAAAGGUAAAACUAUAAAGAAAACAAAUGUGAACAGGAGAAAAAACAGCCAGACGGACAAGGCAAAAAAGAGCAGCUUGCCCAGAGCAGACAGCAGUAGGAGGGAUCCCUCUUCUGCACUCCUUCGUAGCAUGCGACUGAGAAGAACACCAAGCACAUGGUGGGCAGUGAAAUCUGACAGUCAAGAAGAUGUAGAGGGUGGCCUGUCAAUUACUUGCAGUUCCAACAGAGAUCCUUCUCCUAGCCCACCUCUCAGUGAGCAACAGAGCACCUCACCUGCUAAAAACAUGAAGAUUAAUGCAACUGGAAGAAAGAAGGGUAAUAAAAGAAGGAGCUCUUCAGGACCUCAGUAUUCAGAGAGAGAUUCAUCUGAGUACACGUUAGAUGAUCAAGCUGUAAAGGGCAGCCUUACAGGUCCUGGCAUGAGAAAAAACAUUCUGAAGGACAAGGCAAAUAAGAGCAGCUGCUCAAGUGACGGCGGCAACAACAGCAACCCCUCUCUUGACACAUCCUGCAGCAAGCAGCCAAGUAGAUUACCUGUUAAAAGUAAAAAGACAGAUGUGAAACGGAGAAAUGGGCAGGCUAACAAGGGUAGGGCUAGAACAAGCAACUCUUCAAGACCCCUUAAUUCUGUUCGAUCCUUGAAGAAUAAAUUGAACAAGGAAAGCAAGCAGCGUAGCCUGUCAAGUGCAAGUGCAGGCAGCAACAGUGAACCCUCUCCUGGGCACUCUCGCACUAGCAGCCGGCAGAAGACAGGGCCUCGUACCUGGUGGAUAGUGAAAUCAGACGAGGAUACUCUGAAGAAUUUUCCUGAAAAAACAAAACCAACAAAGGCAAGUCGGCAAUUGACGCCCAGACCUGGAAAAACCCCAAAAUCAAUACUCAAGAAAAAUUAUUGCCAGUCAACAAGGAGCACUGAUGAUCAUGAGUCAACAGCAGAAGAGGAUGAUGAUUCUGAGGAGGAGAAAGAGGUUGUGGAAGAUGGGGUGGAGGAAGAAGUUAAUAAGGAAGCUGAUGAUACUGUGUUUUUUAAACUUGCACAAAACCAGCCUGCAGCAGUCCAGAGAAAAUCCAGGUUGCCAUCCUUUAAAGAAUCUCUUGCGCUGGGAAGAGAGAAUGUAUGUGCUCCGAGCAACUUUAAAACCUCUUUAGCUUCUUUCGGCGUUGCCUGUGCUCCUACCCCAGUUCCAAGUCGAGGAAAGUCGGGUACUAAUCCAGUACCUUCUAUAAGCAAGGGACUAGUGACUAUCAGAUCCCCGCUUUUGUCUGCAAGGGCUUCAAUUCACAAAAAUGACCCCAAAAGUAUCAGCACACCACAGUUGCAAAGAGAUUUAGAGACCGACAGUGAUUCACGUUCGGAAGGAGAUUUUUAUCUGGAGGGUGUGGCCCCACUAAGUGAUACACAAAUGGAGCAGUUCCAUUCUGGAGCAGUGGAUGGUGCAAGUGAAAAUGAAGAACAAGGGAUACCAAGCCAAGGAUCUUUAAGAAGCACUUUUACUCUGUCAGAGAACUCGGUCACCAAUCUUGGUCAACAUCAUAAUAGUGGUCCUGAUCUUAGGAGGUCUGUGCCAGCAGUCAAAGGUGGCCCGAUUCAUUUUGAGGACUUGACAUCAGUGCUACCAACAAAUACUCCUGGAAGAAGAUCAGAAAAAAGGAAAAAGAGAGUGGAUUACAGGAUUACCCAACCGGGAGACUUUAUUGCUGAUGAGAUCCUGUCUCCUGAAAGAGAGCUGCAACAGUCAUCUCAAAAUCAUGCCUCCACCAGAGGAACCUACCAGAACUUAAUUUCAGGUACUUUGAGUACUGAAAUGAUGGCAAAGCUGUAUCGGUGGCUCUGUGGCCCUGGAGAACUGGAUGCCCAAGGAAACUAUAACGAAAUCAAGACCAAGCUACAAGACGAGAAUGGAAGAAUUAUUACCGUUGGAUGUGUGAAAAGUAUUGAUAUGCACAAUUUCAAGUGGUAUACACUAUCAAAUAAUUACAUGGGCAUCUCUAGAGAAUUAACUGAACCCACAUUUACACAUGGCAAAGUGCUGCUGGGACCCUUCAUGGAAAAGCCGUGUCAAUAUGUACAUACAAAUACAAUGGUUUUAAAUGUCGUGACUGGUUCUGUUAAUGUUUACAUUCACCUGUCUCAAUACCAGCUAUCCACGGGAAGUGUUUUCUAUGUUCCCCCUGGUAACAUAUACGGAGUCGUUAAUAUUACAGACCAACCGGCUCUUCUUUAUUUUACUGAAAUAAAAGUAAGAUAACUUGGCUUAAGUCAUGAUGGACAUUGUGAAGUCAAAGAUGUAUAAAUACCACAGUUUAUUGAGAGUAUUAGAAAUUGAGCUCUGGUAUCUGAUUUGGUGUACAUAAACGAUUCUUGUUAAAACUCAACAUGUAUAUAUGUUACACAAAAACUGUAUUCGGUAUAACGUUUUGUAACGGAAAUAAACAGUCAGUUUACUGUGAAAGCAUAGGAAGGACCACCUUUGCAUAUAUCAAUUAGAGGCCACAACUCAACCAAAAGAAACUAAAUAAACUGGCGUCUACAUUAUCCAAACCACUUGCUCAAGCAACAAUUGGUUCAGUAAAAACUGUAUAAAGACUAUGUCAGGAAGUAGUUAUUCCACAGCUGAUGGCAUGGACACCUGAUCGGUUCACCUAGGCUUUAUAGAUUAUUGGAAGUUUAUUAAAACUUAACAUGUGUACAUGUUACAAAACGUAAUGAGGAAGCAGUUUAUUUGUUUAGUUGAACCAAACACGUGGCAAGGUGUUGUGUUGAUGCUAAUUUGUACAUGCGAUGGAUCAUUUUGUAUUUGCAGCAUUUUAUGUCUGUUGCUGAAAUGUUUUUUCAUAAUCAACAGUGUAGUAUACAUUUUUCUGUUUUAUUAAAUACUGUACAUUUCUUGUUUUGUGUGGACAUAUUCUCACAAUUAAAGUGUUAUGGUUAUGAAACUA